AUUGAUUUGAUGUGGGCGGGACAAAGAUGGUGUCGUUGUUAGUGUAAAAAACUUUGUUAGCUACCUGCUAACUUUGAUAAUCUUUCUACCGCUGACACUAUUGGGAUCGCAUUUAGCUGAACAAAUGAAAUGCUCAAAAUUAUGGAUUGCAACGGUUCGGAUGAAUACAGUGACGUCUGUGGAUGGACCAGUAAUAUGUUGGUCAAUAGUAAAAAUGAGUUUGCAAAGCGUGUGCAACAGUUUGUGGAAGAGAGGAUGCAGACUACAAUGCUUACAGGCGUGCUGAUAGGAGCUGGAGUGGCUGUCACACUGAUAGGGAUCGUAGUACUUUUUCUCUACAGAAGAUACAGACAUGCUCGUGAACAGCAGCCUGGUGUACCGCAUUACCGCUUUAGGAAAAGAGAUAAAGUGCUAUUCUAUGGAAGAAAGAUCAUGCGAAAGGUCCAAACACUUUCAUCUACCCCUGCUCCCUCGUCUACUUCUGUAUCAAAGUCAUCACAACGGAUACGCAAGAGAACCAAAGUACUAAGCAUAGCGCGCAAAAUCUUGAGGAUUCGGAAGGAUCCUCCAACUCUACAGCCUAAAGAGCCACCUCCUUCCCUUCUAGAGGCAGACCUAACAGAGUUUGAUGUGCAAAGCUCCAACCUUCCUUCUGAGGUCCUUUAUAUGCUUAAAAAUGUCAGAGUCCUCGGCCAUUUUGAGAAGCCUCUUUUCCUUGAGCUUUGUCGUCACAUGGUCUUUAUUGAACUGCAGGAGGGUGAUGGUCUUUUUAGACCUGGAGAUGAUGAUGAUAGUAUCUACGUUGUACAGGAUGGACGUCUAGAACUCUGUAUACAUGAAAAUGAUGGCACUGAACCAUUAGUAAAGGAUGUGCUACCAGGAGAUAGCGUUCACAGUCUGCUGAGUAUUCUGGAUGUUAUCACAGGUUAUCCUGCACCAUAUAAGACUGUGACUGCACGAGCAGCCACUCGCUCCACCAUAUUACGCUUGCCAGCAUCAGCUUUUGAAUCUGUGUUUAAAAAAUAUCCGGAGACCCUUGUGCGCGUCAUUCAGAUUAUUAUGGUACGCCUUCAAAGAGUCACAUUUCUAGCAUUACAUAACUAUUUGGGUUUAACAACGGAGCUCUUCAAUCCGGAGAGCCAAGCUGUCCCCUUGACAAAUGUGAACAGUGUAAUUUUUGAGGGCAGUUCAGGGAAGGUGACUCGUCGGUUGCACUUCCAGGAUGAGUUACCUGGUGUGACCUCUGAGUCUCCUGCUGACAUGGGGGAUGCUGUUAAGGACAGCCCUUCAAAUAACUAUAGAAAGCAACGAUCUAUUUCUUUGCCCCCCGAUUGCCCAGGUAAUGACCUGAAUAUGGCUUGUGAACGUGCCCGUGUUGCAAUUGAUGAGACACCACCUAGUCCAGUCUUGCCAAAAUCCAGUCUAAAGAAAACGGUGACCAUGCAUCACACGCCAACAGAGGUGUUUCACUAUACGGACAGCAGAGGGCAAUCUGAUGCCAUUCACCUUAGUAAAAGCAGCACAAUUCUCCAUGCUGCAAAGAAGGAUCUGCUGGGGGUCAUUCAGCUGCAGGAUUCAAGCCUACUUGAUGGCAGAGUGACUCUGCAUCAAGUUAAAGCGGGUGCUGUUGUUGCCCGUCAAGGAGACCAGGAAGUAAGCAUUCAGUUUGUAAUAUCAGGACUUCUUCAUGUUUACCAACGUAUGAUUGACCGUGAGGAGGAGACCCGCUUAUUUGUGACCCAUCCUGGAGAGCUUGUUGGUCAACUUGCUGUGCUCACAGGAGAACCUCUCAUAUUUACUGUGCGAGCUCAAAGGGACUGCAGCUUCCUCUCCAUUUCAAAAACUCACUUUUAUGAGAUUAUGCGUGUAGAGCCAAAAGUUGUGCUCAAUGUGGCGCACACAGUUGUGAAAAGGAUGUCCUCCUUUGUCAGACAGAUAGACUUUGCUCUUGAUUGGAUGGCUGUGGAAGCUGGUAGAGCGGUCUAUAGGCAAGGUGAUAAGUCAGAUUGCACCUUCAUCGUGCUUAGUGGUCGACUCCGUUCUGUAAUCAUGAAAGAGGACGGUAAAAAGGAGUUAAUAGGAGAGUAUGGCCGAGGGGACCUGAUUGGAGUGGUUGAAACUGUCACUCAUCAGAACAGAGCCACCACAGUCCACGCGGUCCGAGACUCCGAAUUGGCCAAAUUACCAGAAGGUGCUCUCAGCUCCAUUAAAAGGAAAUUUCCCCAGGUUGUCACCCGGUUAAUCCACUUGCUUGGAGAGAAGAUCCUCAGACAGGUCAAUGGUCCACUGACAACCCGCAGUUUGGCCCUCCCUGGCAGCAAAUGGGAUGCAGGGAACCAAGCCUCUAACCUGUCCACUGUGGCAGUGCUGCCUGUAUCUGAGGAUGUUCCUCUCACUGCCUUCACUUUGGAACUGCAGCAUGCCCUUGUUGCAAUAGGUCCUACUUUGUUGCUGACCAGUGAUACAAUCAAACAGCGUCUUGGAGGUGCUGCACUCGACAGUGUCCACGAGUAUCGCCUGUCCAGCUGGCUUGGUCAACAGGAAGACAUCCAUCGCAUAGUGUUGUAUCAAACAGACUACACUUUGACUCCGUGGACUCAAAGAUGCAUCCGUCAGGCUGACUGCAUCAUUAUCGUGGGACUUGGGGAGCAGGACCCAACUGUUGGGGAGCUGGAGCGCAUGUUGGAAGGUAGUGCUGUACGAGCUCAGAAACAGCUGGUGUUGUUGCACAGAGAAGAUGGCCCUCCACCCAAAGGCACAGUGGAGUGGCUCAAUAUGAGGAGCUGGAUCUCUAGACACCUACACCUCUCUUGUCCAAGAAGAGUCUUCUCAAAAAGAAGCCUACCCAAACUACGUGAACUGUAUCAUCGUGUGUUUGAAAAGCCAGCAGACCGCCACUCAGAUUUCUCACGACUGGCUCGAGUCCUGACAGGAAACAGCAUUGCAAUUAUUUUGGGAGGGGGUGGGGCAAGAGGCUGUUCCCAAGUGGGAAUAAUGCGUGCUCUGUCAGAAGCUGGUAUCCCUGUGGACAUUAUUGGUGGUACGUCUAUUGGCUCCUUGAUGGGUGCACUAUAUGCUGAAGACCGGAGCCACAGCCACAUGAGGAUCAGGGCCCGAGAAUGGGCCAUGGAAAUGACAUCAGUAUUUAAAAAAGUUCUGGAUUUUACAUACCCAAUCACUUCGAUGUUUUCGGGUGCUACCUUUAAUUCAAGCCUCAGCAAUUUGUUCAAAAGCAAACAAAUAGAGGAUCUUUGGAUACCAUAUUUUAACAUUACAACUGACAUCAGCUCCUCUACAAUGCGAGUACACACAGAUGGCUCCCUGUGGCGAUAUGUUCGUGCCAGCAUGUCUCUUUCUGGGUAUCUUCCUCCACUCUGUGACCCCAAAGAUGGACACCUGUUGAUGGAUGGGGGCUACAUCAACAACCUGCCAGCUGAUGUGGCACGCUCCAUGGGGGCCAAAGUGGUGAUCGCUAUUGAUGUGGGAAGUCGGGAUGAAACCAACCUGACUAAUUAUGGCGACUCACUUUCCGGCUGGUGGCUGUUAUGGAAACGCCUCAACCCCCUUGCUGAGAAAGUCAAGGUCUUAAAUAUGGCUGAGAUCCAGACUCGGUUGGCAUACGUGUGCUGUGUUAGACAGCUGGAGUUGGUUAAGAACAGUGACUACUGCGAGUACAUCAGGCCUCCCAUUGACCGAUAUCGAACUCUGGAGUUUGGAAAGUUUGAUGAGAUUGCUGAGGUGGGAUACCAGCAUGGCAAAACAGUGUUUGAUGUGUGGUGUCGGAGUGGAGUGGUAGAGAAAAUGCUGAAGGACAGACACCAGGAGGAGUUCCACACCCAAAGCAAGAACAACGUGGUAACAUGCCCCAAUGCCUCUUUCACUGACCUGGCAGAAAUUGUGUCUCGCAUUGAACCUGUUAAACCAGCUGUAAUGGAUGAGGAGUCUGACUACCACACUGAUUAUGAGGAGGAGGCCCUCGAGAGCGCACUAUCUGACAUGGAGCUGUACAGUCGCUCUGCAGAGCACACUGAAGGGGAGGAAACUGCAGACACGGAUGAAGAUCUGGACGGAAGAGAUCGUUCAGGAACCUCCAACAGCCGAAAGGAUCGAUCAUCAAAGCAUGAAGUCCUGUCUCAGUAAUCCAGUCACUCAAGACCAGCCAAAUGAGUCCUGUCUGAACAGGUCAUCACUAUUCACAAUGACAUUUCUUACUUUUCACUUCAUUUAACAUGACUUUCAUGUGAGCCUUGUGUAUCCUUUGUCAAGAGAAUUCUUAUUAGUAUUGUGUCCAGGACCUUGUUUCUUCAGUGACUUAAAUAUAAAUACAUUUGUACAAAUUCCAUUUGUAUAAAUACAAAUGGAAUUCUUAAUUAUUACUACAGAAUUAUCAGCCUUUGGUCUCAAAUUUUUAAAUAACUGCAUACACACCAAUAACCAUUACCUUUUAACUGUGCGACACUUGUUUCCAAAACAUCACACUGCAGAAUAUGUUGUGACCAUGCUGUCAGCUGUGUUCUGUCACUACACCCAAUGCCAAGGACAUAGGAGGAAGUAAUCACUCCCAAAAGAGAAGUUUUUCUUUUGGCCUCAGUGUGAGCCUCCCAUCUGCUUGUGCAGUGAACCCUUCACACAGCGCACACUAUAGAUCUGCUGUGUGAACCCUGAAGUUCGGGCAGUCUCCAUAGCAGACAUCAUCUUCCCUGGACAAUGCUGAAAUAGUGUAUUUCCAUAGCCAUUAACCUGUGGUGAUUUACAAUGUAUUUGUGAAUCAGUCAUGUUAUUGAAUCUAUAUGCAAUUAAUUAACUAAAAAAAAUGUAUCCCAAAUGAUUUGUACUUUAUUGCUGACUAAGUUAAUCAUGACAGCACAUCAUUCCAGAAAUGCCUUGUAAUCCAUGUUUACUAACUCGCUUAAUGAGAUGAAUAGGUUUGUUUCACAAAGCAGUUUCAAAGGCAAACGCUAUGUCUGUCGUUGUGAUAACAGUGUCUCUGUUGGGCUGAAGCAGAUUUUAUUUCUCUAGCACAGAGUUUAACCAUAGUCUCCUCAUGUCGCAGUGCUGCUGUUGGAAGAAGCACUCUGAUUGGACAGUCUGUUGAAUCUCCUAAGUGAAACUGACCUAUUAUUUGUUACAUUAAAACAAAUAUAAGCCUGAUCAAUACUGUAAUAUAUUUGAAUUAAUUACAGUUCACAGUUGUACUUCCACUUAUUGAUUUAGGCUCCAAAAAUAUGCAGAUCAAUGCAACUUUUCCUAUGUUAUUUUAUACUGUAGAUAGUUUUCAAUGUCUUUUUACAUGUAGAGAGGAGAAGCCCUUUUAGAAACCUAUAAGGUAUAAACUACGUGUGGUGGGUUUGUGGAGUGAAUAUGAGCAUGGGACAAUGACAGGACUAGUGACUUACUGAUCGGAUGAGGUUUUUGCACUUUGUGUUUUUAGUUCUUUGGGUUCUUUCCAAAAAAGAAAAAAAAAACAAGCACAAUGAACUGUCUGAGGGAAUGAAUGUUUGUCUACUUUAUUAAACAGGGCGUUGUAAUGGAUGGAAUACUUCUGUAUUAAGUGAAACUGUGCCAUGCUUUAAUGCAGCGCAGCCUUAGCUCACCCCACACAGACACACAACCACAUGUGCCCUGUGUUUGGCAUUCAUUUGUCCAUUAUUUGUCUGUAAUGUUUACCAGUAUGCCUGUUAAUGGAAAAUUCCAAUAAUUUUUUUUUUUUAAUAUAUUGUUUUAAUAAUUGUUUAGUACUAAUACACGCUGUUAGGCUAUGACUUCUGAACAUUAAAUUAUCAAGAAAUCAUCUGUC